AUGGAUUGUUCAGAGGAGGUUCAGUCUGUGUCUGAGGAGCCCACAGCUCAAAUGGAACUAAAAAGGGGAAUGUCGAUUUUCAUUGAUAUUUUACGGAGAGCUGAUAAAAACGAUGAUGGAAAGCUGUCCUUUGAUGAAUUCAAAGCCUACUUCUCUGAUGGUGUCUUGACAGCUGACGAGUUGAAGGAGCUCUUCCACACAAUUGACACUCAUAACACAGACAAUGUGGACACUGAUGAACUCUGUGAGUAUUUCUCCCAGCACCUCGGUGAAUAUGAGAAUGUUCUCGCUGCCUUAGAAGACCUGAAUAAGUCCAUACUGAAGGCGAUGGACAAAACAAAGAAGGAAUAUCAGGAGUCCACCCACCUGGAGCAGUUUGUGACCCGAUUCUUGCUGAAAGAAACGACUAAUCAGCUUUAUUCACUUCAAAGCUCUCUCGAGUGCGCCAUGGAAACCACAGCCGAGCAGACUCGCAAGGAGAAACAGGGCCCGCUGAAGCCAGAGGUUCUGUCCAUCCAGUGGUCAGGUCGUCGCUCCAAUCGGAGGCUUCAGAGAAACUGCAGCCUCUCUCCCAACAACCCUCUCCUCAGUCUCGUCAAUGCAGGUGUUUAUGAGGAAGACAGCCAGUGGAUGAUCCAGGUAAACAGACUGCAGAGGCUUAUCGACCGUCUAGAAAAAAAGGAGAUUCGUCUGGAGCCCGUUGAAGAGGAGGUCUUGGAGAGCAAAUCGCACAUCCUGAUAGUCCAGAGGCAGCUGCCGGUGCUGGAGGAUGAGCUGGAGGAGUUUCGUUUGGCUCUCAGACAGUACAUGGAGUGUGCCUGCGCCCAGACUGGAUGUCUACACAUCGCAGUUCAGCGGCUGGUGAAUGAAUCACGCUUCAUUCUCUAUGAAUUCUGGGAGCACAACAACGUGUGGAAGAAUCAUCUGCAGACCAACUACAGUAAGACCUUCCAGAGGGGGAACGUGGACUUCCUGGAAACUCCUGAGAGCAUCACCACCAUGCUGGUUCCUGCCUCAUGGUGGGUCCUCAACAACAACUGAAAUUGUUGACGAGCACCCUUCACAGAUUGCCAAUGAUGGGUGCAGAGAGCAAUCUGUCAAUACAUCAGAAGUCCACAGCACACACACACACUCUUGAA